AUGUCUGGAUCCAUUUGUCUGCGGUGCCUAGCCAGGCCGGCGGUGAGCUCGGUAGAGCAGAAGACAUUACGAAUCACAGCACAAUCGGCAGCAGCCUUCUCGACGAGUGCCUCUCUGGAAGCCAACUCAGCCGUCAAGAAGAAGACCACCUCUGUCGUCAAGCCCGGCCGUGGCGCGAACGCUUCAUUCAGCAAGGCUCAGGGACAAAUUAGAAAGGGACAGCCUGGUGCCAGAACCGGAAAGCCGCCAGGAGAGGGAGAGCGCAAGGCCAUCCGCAAGAGAGUCGUCCUGUCCAACACCAACGCCGUCGAGGUGCAGGGUCUCGACAACCUUUCUGCCACGAACAUAGACGAUGCUGCUAUCGAGGGCCAGGUCCUUGGUCUUAGCAACGAGGUCAUUGAUGCUCUGCGCGCGACUGAAGCCUUCAAGCCAACUCAAGGAUGGAGUCUCUUCCGAAGGCCGGCAACACUGGUUCGCAAGGAGACUGCCGAGCUCGCAAGGUUGAUGCAGGAAAUUGAAUCGAAGAAGACGUCGGUGCGACGUGUCAUAUACGGCGAGCGUGGCUCGGGCAAGAGUGUUCUGGCCCUGCAGGCCAAGGCCAUGGCUCUGCUCAAGGGCUGGAUCGUCGUACACAUCCCUGAGUCCAAGGAAUUGGUCCUGGGCAGCACACCCUACGCACCAUCAACCGAGGCAGGCAUCUACAACCAACCGCAUUUCACAGCAGCCAUGUUGGGUCAGAUCGCAAAAGCCAACCACACCGUCCUCUCCACGAUGCGCCUGUCACAAAAGCACGACCUCUCCGUUCCGAUCCAGUCAAACAUCAGUCUCGACCGCUUCGCCAUGAUGGGUGCCCAAGACCCCGACCUCGCAUGUGAAAUCUACAAGGCGCUUUGGUCAGAGUUGACCGCCCCUUCAGCAGAGGGUGCAGGUCUCGCUCGCCCUCCCGUCGUCUUCACCAUCGACUCGGUUGCUCACAUCAUGCGCGACUCUGCAUACAUGAACCCCGACGUCCAGCCCAUCCACGCUCACGACCUCGCAAUCGUCAACCACUUCUUCAAGCUACUCUCCGGCAAGCAGGCCCUGCCUAAUGGCGGUAUGAUCUUCGCCGCAGACUCUGGCAGCAACAGACCCACAAUCGCCGGUUUCGACCACGCCAUUCGCCGUAACGCCGCCCUCGCACAAAACAAGCAAGCUCCCGAGUGGGAUCCUUGGGUCAAGGUUGACCAGAGAAGCAUUGCCGCCCUGAACGGUGUCGAUGUGUGGCAGCUCAAGGGCUUGACAAGAGAAGAGGCUCGCAGCAUCAUGGAAUACUACGCCAAGAGUGGUAUGCUUCGUCAAACCGUCAACGACACCUUGGUCGCUGAAAAGUGGACUCUGAGCGGUGGCGGUAUCAUUGGCGAGCUCGAAAAGGGCGCUGUCAAGACUCGCAUUUGA